AACGCCCCGGGCAGGCAGCGCGGUUCCGGGAUCUGCGGGCUGGAAAAGCCUUUGCUGCAGCGACCUCCCGGCUCCUGUCCCCGAGGUGCCCCGCCCCGCGCGCCCGCUGCUUCCUGGAGCUGCUGGGCCUCGGCGUGGGAAAGAUGAGCCGCAUCUACCACGACAGCGUCCUCCGCAACAAGGCGGUGCAGAGCGCGCGAGUGCGCGGGGCCUGGGACCCCGCCGCCCACCAGGGGGGAAAUGGUGUCUUGCUGGAGGGAGAGCUGGUGGAUGUAUCUCGUCACAGCAUCUUGGAUGCCCAUGGCAGGAAGGAGCGCUACUAUGUGCUGUAUAUCCGGCCCAGUUGUAUCCACCGACGGAAGUUUGACCCCAAGGGAAAUGAAAUCGAGCCCAACUUCAGUGCCACCAGGAAGGUGAACACAGGCUUCCUAAUGUCAUCUUACAAGACAGAAGCCAAGGGAGACACUGACAGGCUCACACCGGAGGAGCUGAAGGGCCUGGUAAACAAGCCAGAGCUGCUGGAGCUGACAGAGAGCCUUGCCCCAGACCAGACAGUGGCGUUCUGGAUGCCGGAAUCAGAGAUGGAGGUCAUGGAGCUUGAGCUGGGAACUGGAGUACGGUUAAAAACUCGGGGUGAUGGCCCCUUUAUAGAUUCCUUAGCCAAACUGGAGCUGGGGACAGUGACCAAGUGUAAUUUUGCUGGUGAUGCAAAGACAGGGGCAUCCUGGACAGAUAACAUCAUGGCCCAGAAGUUUUCACAGAGGGACACAGUGGAGAUCCGAGAGCAAGGAGAUGGGGCAGAGGAUGAGGAAUGGGAUGACUGAGGUGACUCCUUCAUCUACCAGCAUCUGAGAUGGUGUCAUUGAGAGGUGGCCAGAUCCGACUUCCACCCUGGAGAGAGCAGUGUUGUCAAGCUGAAUACCAUUUAACACGUUCUGCUGGGAUCAAAUCUAAGACCUCGAGACUCCCAGAGGGUCUCCAGGCUAUGGCUUUUGUAUGUGUGUGUUUCUCUUUGGACACAAGGCUAGCUUUCCUAGACCUCUUCCCAGCAUUCCUUUCCCUAGGUGGUAGACAUGUACUAGAUGAGCCCUCCAAGGCACAGUCCUGAUGCACAGUUAAGGAAUGUCCCUGUCUGAGACAGAGGGGCUCUGGGGUGUGUGUGUGUGUGUGUGAGCAGGCUCCUCCCAUUCUUGCUGUUUUCUCCUUUCUUUCCUUUCUGUGCUGUGCCAGCCUUCUUGUUGUGCAUCUCUGUUCUCCUGAUCCACUCCUCCUCGGUCUGUUCUUCCCCACCUCACACCUAAGGUACUACUUCUUUAUUUCUGUUCUGCUCCGUGUCUCUAUGGGGUUUCCUGCCUUACAUCUCUGUCUUAGGGUUCUUACUGCUCUGAUGAAACACCGUGACCAAAAGCAACUUGGGGAGAAAAGGGCUUAU